GCAGUGAGCCAACACUGUUACCUUUUUGGAACCCACCCUCGCUUGCACUACUCUUUUCUUUUCUUUCUCCUUUUCUCCUCUCUCUCUCUCUCUCUCUCUCUCAAAAAUGGUGGACCACUUCAUUGUUUGCAUCGAUCAGAUAAUAGCCUCCACGGCCUGUUUUGGAUCACUGGAUGCGAGAACCUGUGAUCAUGGAGUUGAUCUUAUGAUACCGGUUUCUGACAAUGCUGGAGAAGGGUGUUGCUCUUCUCCAAACAAGUAUGAUGAUGAAGAUGUCGUUGAGUGCAGAAUAUGUCAGGAAGAAGAUCAAGUCCAAGCCAUGGAGGCACCUUGUUCUUGUAAUGGCACUCUCAAGUUUGCUCAUAGGAAUUGUAUCCAGAGAUGGUGCAAUAAGAAAGGAAAUACAAUAUGUGAAAUCUGUAAACAGGAGUUCUCACCAAAUUAUUCUCUUCCACCAGUCAGAAGCAAUGCAAUUAUGGCAAUUGAUAUAAGGCAAGAAUCUGGGAAUAAUGCUGAUAUGCAUGUUGAUCUAGCUUCAGCUGAGCACCAGUUGCUGCAAACUGAGUAUGAAGAUUAUGCCAUGUCACAAACCAGUAGCAUUGCUUGCCUACGAUCUACCACUCUCUUGUUGUUGAUAAUUUUGCUUGUACGCCAAGCUUUAAUGGUCACAAAGAACUCCACAACUGGACAAGAUACGUCAAUAAUCUUUAAUCUUGAGAUAUCACUUCUUCAAUUUGCUGGUGUUCUUUUGCCGUGCUAUGCAAUGGCACGAUCCUGGUAUGCGAUACAAAACCGAAGACGGCAGGUUUAAGUCAUGUAACAGAUGAUGUUAUCUUCACUGGAUGUCACAAAAUUUGAGCAAUUAUAAGAAGAAACAACAUGCUUUUGCUGUUGUAUAUAUAGACCAUGCCAUGGUAAAAUACCACAAAGUGAAGUUAUUUUUCAGAGCAAUUUUCUGCACCUAUUUCCUCCUGUGGAAAAGGAA